AUGACUAUGUUGACUACUACGCUCCUUGCCUCCUUUUUCGCUUCUCUUCCUUUGGCAGCUGCUUUCUCGGACUCUGCCAACAACAACGUUGCCAUCUACUGGGGCCAGAACUCUCUGGGCCAGGACGGCAGCCAGCAGAACUUGGCAUACUACUGCAAUGACGAUGCCAGUGACGUUGUCUUGGUUAGCUUCCUGAACCAAUUCUUCGCCGAGGGCGGCCUGCCCUCUAUCAACCUCGGUCCCUCUUGUGGCGGUACCACCUUUGCUGGCACCAACCUGUUGAGCUGCCCCGAUGUUGGUAAGGACAUCGCGACCUGCCAGGGCAAAGGAAAGAAGAUCCUGUUGUCUCUCGGUGGUGCCUCUGGUGCCUACGGCUUCACUUCUGCUGAUCAGGCCAAGGACUUUGCUAACACACUCUGGAACCUCUUUGCUGGUGGUUCUAGCGAUACCCGUCCUUUCGGUGAUGUCAAGGUAGAUGGUUUCGAUCUCGACAUCGAGGGAGGCUCCAACCAGUACUACAAUGACUUUGUCGACCAGAUGCGUCAGAACUACGCUUCCGACGCGUCCAAGAAGUACUACAUCUCAGGUGCUCCCCAGUGCCCUAUUCCUGACCAGAUGCUGAACCCUGCCAUGACCACUUCCGACUUUGACAUGUACUUUGUCCAGUUCUACAACAACUACUGUGGUCUUCAGUCGUACGGCACUGACAACUUCAACUUUGCUGCCUGGGAUAACUUCGCCAAGACUCAGUCCAGUAACCCCAAUGCUAAGGUCUAUCUUGGUGUUCCCGGUGGUCCUACUGCUGCUGGUUCUGGCUAUGUUGAUGCCGACCAGGUUAUCAAGAUUGCCAACGACCUGCAGUCCAAGUACUCCUCCUUUGGCGGUGUCUCUAUUUGGGAUGCUUCUCAGGCAUGGGCCAACCACGACUUUGCCGACGUGGUCAAGGCUGGUCUUGAGUCUAGCCAGGCUGAUCCCCAGCCCAGCUUGGCUCUCUCAACCACCGAUCAGAAUAAGAACGUGGUCCCUUCGACCUCCGCCCAGGCACCAGCUUCCUCUAGCGCCCCUGCUUCGGCUAACGGUCCUGCUUCCUCUAGCGCCCCUGCUUCGGCUAACGGUCCUGCUUCCUCUAGCGCCCCUGCUUCGGCUAACGGUCCUGCUGCGUCUAGCACCCCUGCUUCGGCUAACAGCCCUGCUGCGUCUAGCACCCCUGCUCCCGCAGACCCCACGGUGACUGUCCGUCCCACUGUUACACUCACCAAAUUCUUCCCCCUCGCGUCUUGCGGCUGUGUUGCCAACAACUAG